UGAACAAAAGCUCAUAUUUUUUAGAUUAAUCCUAUAAAUUUGUCAAUAAGUAGGCUGAGCCCAAUUGAAAAAAUAGUGUAAUAUAUAUAAUUUUGCUGCAGCGUUGAGCUACCCAAAUCAAACUAUGAUGAAGUUGUUCAUUGUGCUUUUGUUGGCUUAUGCAAUCAAUGCGGCUCAUAUCGACUGGGAACAAUCAUGGGAAGAAGAAUUUUUGAAAUGGAAGAAGCUUUUUAACAAAAAUUACGAGCCAGCAGAGGAAUUAUCAAAGAAAUCAACUUGGCAAACAAAUCUUCAAAAAGUUUUGAAACAUAAUUUAGAACAUGACAUGGGACUGCAUUCUUACAGGCUGGAAAUGAAUCAUUUUGCUGAUCUUAACACAACUGAAUUUACCAGCAUGAUGAAUGGAUUUGACAACAAACAGAGAUUAUUAAGAAAAACAAAUGAAAUCAUCAACACAAUGUAUCUUCCUCCAUUGAAUGUUGAUACCAGUAAUCUUCCUGAAUCUGUCGAUUGGAGAGAACAAGGAUUCGUCACUCCAGUUAAAGACCAGGGACGAUGUGGAUCGUGCUGGGCAUUCAGUACAACUGGUUCGUUAGAGGGUCAACAUUUCCGUAAAACAGGAAAACUCGUCAGUCUCAGCGAACAAAAUCUCAUUGAUUGCAGUCAUAAAGAAGGCAACAAUGGAUGUGAAGGUGGAUUGAUGGACCAAGCUUUUCGUUACAUCAAGAUUCAAAAAGGAAUUGAUGCUGAAAUACAUUAUCCAUAUGAAGGCCAAGAUGAUACAUGCAGAUAUAACAAGAAGUACAACGCUGCAAAUGAUACGGGUUAUGUUGAUAUUCCAUCCGGCGAUGAGCAAGCUUUAAAACAAGCAGUUGCUCAUGUUGGGCCUGUUUCUGUUGCUAUUGAUGCAAGCCACCAAUCCUUCCAGUUGUAUUCCUCAGGUGUUUAUGAUGAACCAGCUUGUACAGAUCAACUUGAUCACGGUGUUCUUGUUGUUGGAUACGGUACCUUGGACGAAAAAGAUUACUGGAUUGUUAAGAACAGUUGGAACACUGCUUGGGGAAAGGAAGGUUACAUCCUGAUGUCUCGCAACAAAGACAACCAAUGUGGUAUAGCAUCCUCUGCCAGCUAUCCAACAGUUUAAAUACUGCCUUAUACACCAUUAGUUUUAAUUACUUUCACGAAGUCUUCAGCAUCGUUUUAGUGUCUUUUAUGUAGCUUUGUGUUGAUUUUAUUUAUUUCAUCCUGCUGUACUUCAAUUACUGUUUUUAUGUACAAUUUUAGCAACAUGUUUGUAUAUACUGUAAGCUAUUUUAUUGGUCACUGAUGUCUGAAAUAUGUAAUAUUUAUUUCUUCAUUAUUUUUGAUGUCUGACAACCUUUUUCUUAGGCAAUAUGCUAAUCCCAAUAUCAACAACGUACUAAAUAGCUCAGUAUUGAAAUUAUUCCACUGGUGAUUACUUUUAUAGCUCGGUGAAUUUUUUUUAUCACCUCAGCAAAGAAUAUUUUUUGGAGUGUGUUGGGAUUUUAAAAUAGUAUUUUAUAAACGAAAUUGUGAUCAGAAUGUUUUUGCAAGGUUAUGAUAUCAGCUAUAACACUUCUAACUGUAAAAAUGUAAUGGUGAUUUGUGCUAGUCUGCAAAUUUUUAAAUAUUUACCUAUUUGCCGACUGGCUGUUGGAUUCAUGGUUUCCUAUUGAAGCACACAAGACACCAUCACACAAGCUUAGACUAAAAUAUGAGCAACAUUAUUUUUUUCUUAUUUUCAAAAUACACUUGGGUAACAUAGAAA